GGUUCUCGAAUAUGGUGGUGGCCGAGAUCUGUCUUCAAUUUCUUGCUGUUGCACACCACUGGCGAGUACAGGCAACAAGGACAGUUCCUUUCACAGCUCUACAUCUUUUCAUACACGCCAUCGCUCACCGCGCUGAUUAAGGCUCGCAGAAGUAAUGAAAGGUCCCCUUCAGUACCCUUUGUUGCUGUUGGUCAGGAUCACCCAGCCGGUGCCUCAUUCACUUUGGAUGCUGUGGAGCCUGAACUGGAAUUAUGUGGAUGCUACCAAAUCGAGAGCACUGUGCGCAUUGUGAGACAAUACUUGGCUCCAUCUUGCGUGUCUGGGACACAGAACAUUGCCGAACCCUUCAAGUUGGCCUUUCUUAUGCACAACGAGCCGCUUUCACUCCUUGACAUCACACAAACAGAUUUGUCUCGGCAUCAAUUUGCAUUUCUUUCUGCCUGCAAGACCACAGUGGGUGACCGUAAUACUCCUGAUGAAGUGAUACACCUAGCGGCUGGCUUGCAGUUUGCCGGUGUCAAGAGCGUUAUUGGAACAUUAUGGAAGGUCAAUGAUAGUACGGUGGAGCACUUAGUCAAGGCAUUCUACAAAAACUUUUGUGGGGAUGGCACAAUGAACUCUAAAUGAGCUGCUCGGGUGCUGCACCGAGC